CUUAACGGCUAAGCUUAACCUCCCGCAGACCAAUCCCAAUCCUCCUCCCUAAAAUGGCAGCAUCGCUAUCCACUCUCCAUCUUCACCACCAACUCACCUUCUUCAGAAAACCCUCACUCUCCCUCCUCAACAAGUCCAUCCGUCCCACACGCAUCACCGCUUCUCUAGAAUUCAACAUCACCUUCGCCCCUCCUAAACCCAAACCCAAACUCCCUGCCAACCUCCAAACCGACGCCGCAUCCCUCUCCCUCCCUCCAGGCCAGCUCUUCAUUCCCUGGAUAGUCCGCGGAGAAGAUGGAAACCUCAAGCUCCAAUCUAACCCUCCCGCGCGUCUCAUCCACGCUAUCGCCGAUGCCAAAACACAACCAAAGAAAAAGAAAGACAAGGUGAAGAAAGAGAGUGGUGGAAACGUGAAGGCCAAGUUGGAAGCGGAGCCUACGCGGUCUAAGGCGGCGCGUAGGUUCUAUAAUGAGAAUUUUAGAGACCAAGCGCAGCGGUUGAGUAAAGUUCUAGCCGCUGCCGGAGUGGCGUCGAGGAGGAGCAGUGAAGCGUUGAUUUUUGAAGGCAAAGUGACUGUUAAUGGUUCUGUGUGCAAUACUCCACAGACUCGAGUUGAUCCCGGGAGGGAUGCUAUUUAUGUUAAUGGAAAUCGGCUUCCCAAGAAACUGCCCCCGAAAAUUUAUAUUGCUCUCAAUAAGCCAAAAGGGUACAUUUGCUCGUUGGGGGAGAAAGAGUCUAAGUCUGUAAUGUGCUUAUUGGAUGAUUAUUUUCUGAGUUGGGAUAAAAGAAAUCCAGGAUUACCUAAGCCACGGCUAUUUACUGUCGGACGACUUGAUGUUGCCACAACUGGGUUGAUUAUCGUGACCAAUGAUGGAGACUUUGCCCAACAAAUUGCACAUCCAUCAUCAAAUUUAUCAAAGGAAUAUAUUGCAACAGUUGAUGGUGUAGUAAGCAAGCGUCAUUUGUUUGCCAUCAGCGAAGGAACAGUCAUUGAAGGUGUCCAUUGCGCCCCAGACUCUGUGGAGUUGUUACCACACCAACCAGAUAGACCAAGACCUCGUCUUCGUAUUGUGGUUCAUGAAGGGAGGAACCAUGAGGUCCGAGAACUAGUAAAAAAUGCUGGGCUUGAGAUUCAUUCAUUGAAACGUGUCCGCAUUGGUGGUUUCAGACUCCCAUCAGACCUCGGGCUUGGGAAGCAUGUUGAGCUAAAACAAACUGAUCUGAAGACUCUGGGAUGGAAAUGUUAAGGGCAGUCGCUGCAAAAUAGCUGGAGUUUUACAUUCUCUUCCUGGAAGCAACUUUCAAAAUCAGAUGGAACCCAGCUUCAAGGUUCUAAUUUACGAGAGGUGCCUAUGCUUUUUGCACGCUAUUGCAUUGUUGGAUGGCAUAAGUAUUUAUGAAUCGGAAUGGCCUUUAAAUUGAAGGGAUUGAUCUAUACCACUGCAUGAGAAGAAGGCAAACUAUGUCGGGGAAGCUUGCAUUACGAGCAUCAAAAUGUAAAUCCAUCAAUUGAAUCUGCAAAUAUCUUGGUUGCAAGGAGGAUCUGUAUGCAUACAAUGGCAAUGUAAAUGCGAGUGAAGAGCCUACAUGUGGUUUUUCAUGGAAUCAAAAAAUAUUAACUUGUCAUAGAGAUCAAAGGUAUGGAGAUUUCAUGACCUAUUUUGAUUACUUGAA